AAAAAUAUGAGUCCUUACGUGUCAUUUUAUAUAAUUGGCCCAAGAAACUAUCACUGAUGUUAUCAAUAAAAAGUCGAUAAAACAUACUUCAUUAUUGAUUCACUUGCACUAAAUUCUGUCGUCUCGUGUAAUUGUAAGAGGCCUUUCUUGUCCUGGGCUUGCUGGCCCAAAUGUCCUCCUCAAAAGUUAACAACUCUCCACCACAAAACAAAGCUUCACGGACGUCGUGAAUUACAGCUCCGGCUGUCUUCCUCAGCCUCAGAUUUCAGUCGACGACGUCAUCAAACAGGUGAAGGAAUAACAUCUCUUUCCAGAACCCAAAUUAAAGUUUGCAUCUUUAUUGGGGAUGGCUAUAGCUCAAACAAGAAAUGUUGGGCUUCCAUUGAUGAACAUUGUCAGAUUAAAAGGAAUUCCCAUACUACAGCAGCUUCAUUUAGAGGAGCGACUGCUUCGAACCUCGUCUGAAAAUUGGUGCAUUAUAAAUGAUGGAACCAAUAAUCCCAAUAUUGUCAUGGGUAUUUCAGGAAAACCUGCAGAGCUUCUCGACAUUGAUCUGGUGUUACGAGAUCAGGUUCCUGUCAUUAAAAGGUAUACUGGGGGUGGUACGGUUGCAGUUGAUCAUGGCACAAUAUUUGUCACUUUCAUAUGCAACCGGGAUGCUGUUCCUGGCUUGAAAUUGUAUCCGCGUCCUAUAAUGUCUUGGAGUAGCCAAUUGUACAGCAGAGUGUUCAAAAGAUUUGGAGAUUUUUACCUUCUUGAAAAUGAUUAUGUAUUCGGUAACCGCAAGUUUGGUGGGAAUGCUCAAUGCAUUACCAAAGACCGGUGGAUGCACCACACAUCAUUUCUAUGGGACUAUGAGGUCAGAAACAUGGCUUACCUGAAGCAUCCAAAACGGGUCCCUAAAUAUCGAUUGGCUAGAGAUCAUUUGGAAUUCAUAUGCCGCAUGAAGGACUACGUGCCAAGAUCAGUUUUCAUCCAAAAAACUGUCGAGGCAAUCAGUGCUGAAUUCUCAGUAAAUUCUGAACAAACAGACCCAUUCGAAGCCGACUCAAAGUUUGUGCCCUCAAGUAGACUAUUGACAAGGCAGGAGUUGGAAGAAGCAGUUAUAGCGCCUCAACCUCAAGCCCUCAACCUGCGAGCCCGCCCUCUAUCUCAGUCCUUGUAAUGGAAUGUGAAUUAUGAACAAAUUCUAGUUCUAGUCAUAACUAUUAGGAAAGUUUAGAUUGAUGCCACACCCUUAAUUUACACUUGGUGUAAUCCUAUUCUUUCUAUGCAAACUAAUUGUAUCCUCUGUAUAUCAGUAAAAUGCAAAUUCCA